AUGGCCCAACGCGUCACCCUCCGCAAGCGCACUCCCUACAACACUACCUCCAACCGUCGUCGGGUGGUCAAGACCCCGGGUGGCAAGCUUGUCUACCACCAUCUCAAAAAGCUUGGCACUGCGCCCAAGUGCGGUGACUGCGGUAUUGCCCUUCCCGGUGUCCCUGCUCUCCGUCCGCGCCAGUACGCGACGAUUUCGAAGACGCAGAAGACGGUCCGCCGCGCGUACGGUGGUUCACGAUGCGGAGACUGUGUCAAGUCGCGCAUCCUGCGCGCGUUCCUCGUUGAGGAGGCAAAGAUCGUAAAGAAGGUUAUCAAGUCCCAGGAGCAGGGUGGCCGCAAGUAG